CAACGGACCACUUAAUCAACCAUUGCUGCAGGUGAAGAAUGACGUACAUACGCACGUGUUGACGGCACAGAGCCAUCCCAUGGGAAUGAGCUCUUGGCUCAUAGAAAUGACACAGGGAAGGAAGGAGUUCACAGCAGCCAGCCACAGCCUCGGCUAAGUAGGACACUCCCGGCAUAAAAAGACAUGCGUACAUAAUACACAACGCAUGCUCAGUGGGGCUCGGCCGGCCUUUCUGGCACAUCCAUCCAUCAACACAUUUAGCGAGCGGGGCCAGGCGGGCCAUCACAUGAUACAUACAUGUGCCUGGGAACCGACCCCUAGCUGAGUGGCUAGAGUGCCGUGGGGAUGUAUCGGCUCGUGCGCUCGCCAUUCCUGAUGAUCUCCCUGCACAUACACAAGACACACAAACAGACACAAAGACAUUCACACACGUUUCCGUUGCCGUCCAUCCCAUCCCAUCCAUGCAUCCCUCAUGUCCCUGUCUGUCUGACCGUGCGAUUUCCGCUCGUGUGUAGAGCAGCCGCAGGUUGUCGUUCAUGUUGGGGUUGAAGGUCAUCGGCCGCCCCCGCGCCAAGUGCUGGUCAGUCUCCCCGUGGCGGUCCACAUACGGAACGUCAGUAAACGCAUUCCUAUACACACAGAGAGACAGAGAAGCAGACAUCAACCCAUGCAGACAGGCAGCGUGUGUGUGUGUUGUGUCGUUACUUGGGUGCGUCGACGAGCAGCAGGAGUGCCUUGUGUGUGAGGAAGAAGACGCCCUGGCCGUUGCCGCAUGUCCGCGCGUGGCGGGUGCACUCACCCUGACAUCACAAUCAGCACACGACAGACCAACCAAACCAUCCACCGCUCCAUCCAUCCGGCUGUCCAUCCAUCAAUAUCUCUUGCCUCUUCGAAUCUCCGUUGGUCGUGUUCUCUGAGGUUGACGGCCACCACACACCCACACAGCAGACACAAAGCCGGCUCCUCAGGCAACUUCCCGCACUGGACAGGAUACCCACACAGACACCCACGACACGACACACCCGAUCAUUGCAAGGAAGUGCCCACAUGUAUCUCCCCCCUCCCUCCCGUGCAGUGCUCAGCUGGCGUACAAUGGCGCUUUUGCGUCCAUAGGUCAUGCGGAUGACCUCGACAUACGUCUUGGGCAGGUGACAGAACUUGACGGGCUCGAUGCGGUCCACCUGGGGCGGCACCACCGACACGCCAUACCGACGCCAGUGCCGCGCACCCGACGGCCGCAGCUCGGGGUGCCACAUGACGUUGACGGCCUGCCGCAGGAGGGAGGGGUCGAGGCAGUCAUCGAGCGUCUGGGGCAUCCCCAGCACCUGCGCCAAAGCCGUGAACCGUUGAGCUGCGGCGUUAGACAGAAACGCUACACGAUUUCUGCACACAUAGGGGAGGGAGGGAGGAACAGAGAAACAGAGGCAAGCACGUGUGUAGAGGGGUGUGUGUGUUCGGAUGUAUCUCUUUCCUGUCUGACUCACUUGUCUGUGUCGUGGAGUUGCCACAGACACGAGACGAUCCAGCAUGCGAUUUGCAUGAAGGACGAGAGGCUCUCGUGCAGCUGCUGCUGGAACAGCUCCCACAGCGCCGCACGCCCAGCCACACGCUCGGCCUCACUGCCGUACCACAGCAGCCUCGACACACCCUCCCUCCCCCCGCCACAGGUGCUGAGGAAGUCGAAGACCGAGAAGCACAGCUGCUGCAGCCCCUCCUCACACCUGACGUCGGCCGUGCCGUCCAUCUGCGUCUCGGAAAUGUGCGGCCUGGCCUGCCGCAGCACCCGCAGCAGCUCGUCCAUCACGCGCCCCUCUUGCUCACUCCACUUCCUCCCCGGCACCUUUGACCCACUGUCAGGCGGCCGCUCGCCCCCCCACUCCUUUGCAAGCCUUUCGACUGUCUCCUCGGCUAUCGGCGUCAAUGUGCGCGCCCUGGAUGAGUGGAAUGGGUCCAUGAUCGACGACCUGUCGUCCGGCCGCCCCUCAGCGGUCAGCCCCAGCCACGACAGGCCCAGCGCGGCGUCGUCAUCGAGCUUUCCGUUGUGGGCUGUGUCAUCCAGAGCACGUGUGAAAAGCUGACGGGCCAGGUCGUAGUUGAGGGCCAUCUGCAGGCAGACGUCGCGCGUGUUGGGCGCCUGGGUGGCUCGGCCGUGCGGGGCGCCGAGGAGGUAGUCUGCAGGGAUGAGGAAGGAGGGGUCCUUGGCCGCCCUUUCCCUCUCCUUGAGCAGCCUCUCCAGCUGUGUUUGCCGCUGGGUGGUCGCCGCCCCGAUGAUGACCUCGUUGAGCACCUGCAUGGCGCGGACCGUCAUGAGCUGCCGGAUGGCCUCCCUCAUCUGGCCCGGAGAGGUCAUCUUGCCGGCCACGAAGGAGCUCAUGAGGGCCCGCCUGACAUCGCACCCCCAUGGCGUGAAGGGGACGUCUGUGUAGCCGUCGCUGCCGUCAUCGUCGGAGCGUGGACUGAGGGGCUCUAGAGUGGCGCCUGGGGGGAUGUGAGCGGGGAGGGCAUCGGUGAAGGGGACGUGAUCGACCUCAUCCAAUUGGGGCGGAGUGCUGGGGUGGGUCAAGGUCGGCGGCUGGUGCUCACCCGCCCCCUCCACACCAUGCUCAUCCUCCAUCAACUCCUCAGGCACCAUGUCCAUCCUGUCCCCGGCCGCUGGCGGGUGCGGGGCGGCGGCAGCCGCCUGCUGCUGCGGCCGCUGCUCCUCCUCUGUCGCCUUGCUUGGCGGCCUCCCGGCCUCUUCCCGCGUGUCGCACACCUGCGGGAAGAAAGGGUUGAGGAUGCGCUUGUCCCUCCAGAAGUCGACUGAGAAGUAGUCGUCGCUCAGGAUGGGCGUGAACUCCUCGCCCGCUGCCACGGCCCACCAGUGGGCCGUCAGCCGGUACAGCAGUGCAUUGCGGAUGAGCGUGACGUACAGGGGGACGGGUGGGACUGAGAGGGCGAUCUGGUUGGGCCGCAGGGCGGCGGAGAUGAGCAGCUCGUAGUAGGCCGCCCAGCUGACGUGCGUCAUGCCCUCCCAGCAGGUGUGGGCCAGCACGAGGUGGGGGUGCUGUGGGUCGGCGACCUUGCCGCGGGAGCAGGUCUCUGGCUGGUCGAAGGAGUCUGUCCAGCACUUGUAUGCGUCCUCUCGUGUGGUUGGGGGGAGGCUGGGCUGCGUCUGGGCGUCAGGGACCAUGAUGUAGCCGUCAGGCUUCACACGGAUGUCCUGGUCGGGAUGCAAACUGACACACAACAGACAGACAGCAUGGAGGAUUAAUGAGAACAGAUCAUUCCCCAUCUCCCUCUCUCCCCUUCCCUUCGUGUGCGUCGGUGCGUCUCCCCUACCAGUCGAGGUAGUGUAGGUGUGAGUAUCUGCCCAGCUCCCUCCUGAGCACCUGCCCAAGGAGAAAGAGGUACCGAUCAUCGCCCUCGAAGCACCUCUCGGCGUCGUCGAGUGCCACGACCUCCGUCUCGUCGGUCUUGCCAAACUGCUCCCCGAUCUUGUCCUCCGUCCCGCCCACCCAAUCCAGCGCUCUCAGCCCCUCCACCGGGUGGUCAUUCUCCUGGUCGGGGUGGUCAUCCGACGCCGGGGAGUGGUCCUCGUCCAGGUCGAGCAUGGAGUGGUCCCCCGGGCCGCUGCGGUCGCUCGGAGAGCCGUCUGUCUCGUCUUGCUGCAUGGCUGGAAGGCCUUGAGAGGUGAGCUGCUCGAUCCGCUCCUCGCUGGCCUGCACCGUCAACGGCUCCGCCCUCGCUCGCCGCUCAUCGGACGUCAAUGGCCGCGAAGAGUCCUGAUCACGCUCCUUGGCGAAUCGCAGCCGCACGUGGCUGUCCGGGGGAGGGGGCGGGGGUGCGCCGUCGAUGUCCAUGGCUGCUGGGCCGUCUGUGUCUGUGGGCGGUGGGUGGGGAGGCCGGUGUGGACGCCACAUGAGUGUCUGGGUGUUGAACGAGUCGGGGUGUACGAUGUAUGAGAGGGGGAGGUAGGGGAGGCGGAUGUUGGACAGGGCGCGGCACAUCGGGCAGGGGAACUCCCCCAUCUCAACAGACACAAAGAAGAACUCCCCAGUCUUUAUAGAUGCACACACACAAAGACACACACACACACACACACACAGAGAGAGAGAGAGAGACAGACAUAUACAAGUCUGGUUGUCGUCCCUCCUUGUGCUUCAUUCGGUGGCUGACUUACUUCGUGUCUCUGUUUGACGUUGAGCAGGUGCUGUCCAAGGCAGGACAGAUGCCCAACAUGGCCGCAUGUGGUGAUAGCCGGACACCUCCACGGCAUCGCCCUCUUCCCCCUCUUGGCCACCCGCGGCAGCACGUCACUCACGCUCACCGACGCCAGGAGGGCCAAGGGCGACUCGGGCGUCCCCUUCUCCCUGCACAGGCAGCAGAUGAGGUCGUCGUCCUUCUCCAGGAGCCGCUCGUCUGGAGCCUCCAGGGUGUCGUUCAUGGCGUCCUCGUCUUCAUCAUCGAGGUCUUGCUCGUCCUCGAGCAGAUGGGAGAAGUUCUGCUGCACCUUAACGAAGUUGGCCAACAUUUGCGCCUGCCGCUGCUUGGCCGUGUCCAUCCUCGCCUUGCGCGAUGAGGCAGCGGGGCCCAGCGGCUUGGCGGCUCCCUCGGGGGCGUUGUUGUCCUUCAGCCGACCGUGCCAGCUCACAACCCUGUGCAAAAGAAGCGGCACGAGACGAGACACACAUGGGUGUGGGUGUGGGUGUGGGUGUGGGUGUGGUUUUGAUUACCUACCUCGGCAGCAGGACUUUGAGGCACCUCUGAUGGAAGUCUGCCCCCUCCAUGUGUUCCAUAAGGUAGCUCAGGGUCUCUAUCAGCUGAUCCACAUGCCCAGCCGUCAGCCGGUCAAGCACCACAGACCGCGCACUCACCCCGCCCUCCCCCUCUCCACCCCCAUCCCGCCACUCUCGUGUCGCACUCCGAGUGCUCUCCGCUCCGGGCCCGUCCAUGGCGGCGACCGACAGCAUCAGCUCCUCAUCUCCGCCCUUGGGCUCCGAGGGGUCCGGUUUGGGAGCGAGGGGCGGGGAGGGGUCGAACGUCAGAGGGGGAGAGGUGAAGGGUGCGUUAGAGUUGGGGCAUGCGAAUGCCGACGACGGUGAGAGUGAGCGGAUGGGAAGGGGAGAUGCGUCGGGGGGUAUGCGGGUGGGGAGCUUCUGCCUUGUGUGGAGGGGGUUCUGCGUGUUGUGGAGGCUGUCCAGGAUCUUCAGGAUGGACGCGAACAAGGGGUCGGCGUGGGGGUGGUCACCAUGAGCACGAUGCGCCUCUGAAGCCAAGCAACAACAACAAAAGAGAAAACACCCAGAAAAGAUCAUUGCGUGAUGUGUGUGACUGCGCGGGCGGUCCGCACCUUCUGCGCCGUGUUUCUUCCUCAUUUUGAUGAGAGCUUUGACGCGUGCGUCGAGUGUGUCCAGGAUGAGGUCGAGCAGCAGGGUGUCCUUGAACGAGUCGGCUAUCAAGUCGCGCACAUAGUCAUACUCCAUACUCAUCCCAGAAUCAAACCUACACACACACACACACACACACACACGCACACACAGGCUCUCCCCUUUCACUGUUGCCCCCUCACCUAACCACCCCGCCCACCUUGUAGGUCCGAUGAGUGUGGCGUGUUUCUGCUUCAUGGCGGUUUCCUCCAGGUUCUGGAGGUCCUGCCGAUUGCCCACCGCCCAGAACGUGUCCACCAGCGCCCAUGCAGCAGGCUUCAGCCGAUACACAGACCGGCCCCCUCCCCCUGGACUCGCAUCCACACCACUUGCAGCCGCCGCAGCACUGCUGGCUGCUGGUGCGGCAUCUUGGUCGCUCUCCUCUUCGAUCAGCGGUGGCUGUGCCUGGCUUGCAGCGGUCGGCUGCUGCGCGGCAGUGGACCGCUGCACGUCGGCAACCUCCUCGAGCAGCAUCUCGAAAUCGGGGUGGUGCCGGGCGGACCUGUGUGACGGACGGGCGGCACGGAGAGAAGAGAGCAGACACAAUGAGGGAUGGUGUGUGAGGGAGGGCGUGGGGCAUCUGUACUUGGGGAUUGCGAUUUCGACGUGCGAGUAUGGGAGAGGAUUAAGAGCGAGCCUCUGCACAAUGUAGCGCUUGAUGACGCUCCCGAUGCGCUCGCGGAAGUCCGUUGGGCGGGUCUUGCGCGGACACGAACAGAUCUGCAUCCAUCACACACCAGCACUUCAGAAUGUGGUCCGUGUGUGUCUAUGUCUGUGUCUGUGUGUGUGUUGGUGGCCCCACCCCCCAGUCCUUCCUGACCUCUAUGUAGAAAGCCUCGUUGAGAAGUCUCAUGACAAGGCUCCAGAAGAAGUUCAUUCUGAAGGCGUCGCUCACGGCCUUGCUGUCGAACUCACCGCCCCUAUCGUCGCCCCCGUCCGGGUCGCCAAUGUCGUCAAUGUCCACAUCCAAAUCAUCCUGGCCCUCAUCCCUCCCGCCGGACCCGGCUGACGCUGACGCUGACGCUGCUGCUGCUGCUGGUGGCGCUGUUGCGCCCUCAUGUGAUCGGAUGCGCUUGACGGUGGGUGCCCCGCGCACCUUGACGCGAUACUUGUGCUCCAGCAGCUUCUGCCACCACUGCCUGCAUUGCAAACAAACAGAUACAUACAUACAGCACACUCAUGCACUGCAGGUACACGUGACGUGAUGUCUACGAUGGGGGGUCGGGGACGUCCGUGUCGCCCACCCACCUGAUGGCCUGGAAUCUCGCCCGCGUCUCGGACCUGGCACUGGAGAGCUGGACGACUAGAUGGCGCUCGCGCGGGGGCUCGCCAUCUACCCUUGUGGCCCCGUCUGCCGCGGCUGCAGGUAGCGGAGAGGCUGCCGGUGAUGAGAGCGCCUCGGCCUUCCUCUGGGCUGCCUCGGCCAAACUCUGGUCGAUCAACCACACACAUAUAGCAGAGGAGAGACGACAGAUGGAAUCGGCGUGGGUCUGACCCGUUGCCCGUUGCCAGUGAGUCCCUUAUCUGCCCGAUACCGCCCACCUUGCUCAGGAACGAGUGUUUGAAUAUGCUGAAGGGGCUGCCGAGGUGGAUGCCGCCCUCCCGGCGAGAGGACGAGUCGCGCGCCAGCGCCUUGCGCUUCUUCUGCAGCUCACGGCUCCUCUUGCGCUGCGACGGGCCCUUCUUGUCCUCAUCGCCAUCGCCGCCCCCCUGGUCGUGGUCGCCGUCCCCUUCGUCCCGCAGGUCGACCGACGAUGGUGUGAGGUCGAAGCAGCACCCCCAUAACAUGCUCAAAGGGUCGAGCGCCCCGCUCCACUGCUGAUGGAACUGCUGCCGGUAGGUCGGGGAGGCGCCGCCGUCAGCUGCUUCGCCAUCCGCCAUCUCCACAUCGCCCUCGCCGCUCGGGAAGGGGGAGGGUCUGUCGAGUGUGGGUGGGGGAGUGGUUGGCGGGGGCAGCGGCGGGUGGCCGAGGAGCGUGACGGCGAACUGGGUGAGGUUGAUGUCCAGCCUGUGGAGGCCGUCCUUCUCGAGGUACCUCCUUCUCUGGUCGCGCAUGGUCUCCCCGUUGCGCACCCAGUAGCCCUCCUGGAUCUCGGCCGCAAACCGCAACACGCCCACACAGUGACGGAUGAUACGCUGCAUUGCAGCGAAUCGAAUCGACAGACACGGACAAACAACGUCCCAGAUGGACGCACAAGGCACCACCCAGAUUCCCCAGCGUCACUCACUCACUCACUCACUCACCGUGAGCACGUCAGGUGUGAAGAGGCACCUGAGGCCGUCUAGCUUGACCUCGCGCGUGACGGGGAUGGGCGGCCCCUCUGAGGGCGGGAGUGCGUUGUGUGGAGUGGACAGGGGGCCGGUGAGUGUCCUGAGCACCUGGUGGUAGUCGAGGCUGCUCGCCAGGAACCGCAGCAACGGGAUGUGGAAGGACGCCUUGUCGGACGUGUUGUACAAUCUGCACACACAGGCAGUGUGUCUGUCUGUGUGUGGCAUGGAUGGGUGUGUGGGUCGGUGUUGCUUUGCUUACGGUGGGAGUUUGAGGAGUGUGUCGACGAGGUCGCUGUAGAAGGCCAACGCGGAGACGUUCUCAACCACUUCGGGACGCUUGCAGUGCUCAAACUGACAAAGAGCCACACACACAAAUGGGGAUCGACAUGCCAUGCACGUGUGUGUGUGUGUGUGUGUGUUGUGUCUGUGUGAGUUUAGGGCCGUACGAAUGGCUGGAAGGUGCUGUUGAUGAGUUGGACUUCGAGCGGGAAGCUGACCUCGUAUCUGAGGUUCUCGUACGGGAUGUGGUCAUCCUUGUAGCGCUAUCCGACCGAUACACACACACAUGCAGACGCACAGACGCAUGGCAUCCAUCCAUUAUUGUGGUGUGAUGCAUAUGGUUGAUGUAUGUAUGUAUCUGCCUGCGUACGUCUUGGAGGUUCAUGCGAUUAAAGAGAGUCAGACAGUCGAAGAAGGCCUGCAAAGCAAAAGGUAGGUAUCCAGGACACACACCUAUUACGUGAAUGUGUGUGUGUGUUGCCGAUGGCUUUUCUGUCUCACGUACCUGUCGUGUCUCAUAAUCCUCCAAGGCGUAGGCACACACGUCACGAUGGUUCAACAGAUACCUGCACACAACGGAACACUCGUGGCCAUCCGCCUGCCUCCCUCUCUCUGUUUGUGUGUGUGUCCUCACUUACUGUAGGUCUGUCAUGAGCCGCAUCGCUGUGCCCUGCCCGUGAGUACGCUCCGGCUGCACUGUCUGACGGAUGAAUGAAUGAAUGAAUGAAUGAGUGAAGGGACAGAUAAUUAACAUAUAUAGCCGGGGAGGGGAGGGAAGGCCAAAUGCGCACCGCACACACCGCACCAGCCACUCACAGUUGAUUUGGUGUCUGUCAUUCGUUGAUUGAUUGAUUGACUCGCUCACCUCAGUGCGUUUGUCGAUCUCGUAGUGGCUCCUCAGCGCCGUCAACACCGUCCUAAUCGAUGGAUAGAUGGGUACAUGGACAGAUGGAUGGAUGAGCCAUGAAGCAAACAAUCAGUGAGUGUGCAGUGCAGUGCAUGUCACUGCGUGAGGUGCCGCCAGCUCACUCACUUGACGAAGCCGUCAUGCACCAGCAUUAUCGCCUGCAGGCAUCCGUCAAGGAGAUGGACAUGACACGGGUCGCCCUUCGACAUGCCAUGCUAGACCGUGUGUAUGUGUAUGUGUAUUGUGUGUGUGUGUGACCAGUUCUGCGACGGUGAACAUCUGGACGCUCAGCCCGUGUAGCGAUGAGUCAAGGGCGUUGCUCUCUGACGGAUGGACGGACGACACACACAGACAGACAUGCCCACCUCAAGGAAUGGUCGGUGGGGCGGUGGAUCGCCGUACCGACGAGCUUCCUGUAGUUGUGGGCGAAGAUCUUGCAGAAACGCCUGAUGAACAAACCCAUGCAUUGAUUGCAUCGAUGGAUGGAUGGCCGACGUCUGUGUGUGGAUUUGUGCGCAGGAGAGAGUAAUGUGUACCUCUUGAAGUUCGGUGAGAUCAUGAGAGCCAAGUAGAAGUUGUGCAUCAUCUGACGCAGACACACAGACACACCCAUCAGAACCACACGAUUGCCACCAUCCAUCCAUCGAUCCAUCUGCACGGCAGGCCACCAGGCCCAUUGCAUUCAUCCUGUCUUCUCGCGCACCGCACCCUCUGCUCGUGAGAAGUCAGCGUGUCAUGUCUGACGCACACAGACAGCACCAUCGAGCACAAAAGCCUUCCUUCUGUGUCGUCCCUCUUUCUGUCCACUCCGCUCACUUGUGUAUCCAUCUCUGCAGGCGCUCGUCAGUGAGGGUGCAGCAGAUCUGAUAACGGAAACCGAAACCUGAAGACACGCACUCACAGACGCAUGGAUGGAUGGAUGGCAGCGUAGCUGUUCUGUGUGAGUGUGUUGCAAGUAGGUAGGUAGCUUACAGACGCCCGAGAUGGACUGCAGCCACUCGAUGAUCUUGCUGAACGCCACCCUCCUCUUGCUGUCCUCCUUGUCGCCCAGAAAUACUAAUGCACACACACGCACAUAUGGACAGGGAGAGAGAGAGGCGGUGUGGGUCCUUCCCUUCCUGCUCACUUGAGUCUGCGUAAGCCACCAGGUCAGCGAUUCUCGACCGAGAAACCUUCCUAAUCUGCACACAUCCAUCCAUCCAUCCAUUCAUCCAGCCAGCCAGCCAGCCAGCCAUCCAGCCAUCCAGAGAAUCAAUCAACGAUGACAGCUCGUCUGACUCCCAUCCACCAUUUCUCCGCUCACUCACCUUCGUGGGCACCAUUUCCAGUGACCCAGGCCCUGCACCAGCAAAGCCCCACACUCAUGCAGCUUCUUGUCCCCUGCCUGUGUCUGUCGUGUCGGCCCGUGCCCCAUCCCUACCUACCGUCCAUCUCAGGCGUGAUGCCCUGAUGGAAGCGGCAGAAACCACGCGGGUUCCACGACUGACAUACAGAGAGAGAGACAGACAGACAGGUGAUGUACUCAUUAGUGCACUGGUUGACAGCCAAUGCAUUUGUUAUCGUGGCUUACGCUUGCAUCGCCGCAAUCACAGCAGCCGCCAUGGGUCAUGCUCUGCAUACACACACACACGUGGAGUUCGUCCGUGUGUGCUUGCGAGUCCAGCUGAGCUGCAGGCGGUGCGUACAAUUCGCCAAUUGUGUCCCUCGUGGUUGCCGUUGAAGAAACCUAUCGACGGGCAGGCAAUCACGACAGUUGCGUGAAUCAAUCAAUCAAUCGGCGAGUGCCGUGAUAAUAUAUCCAGCCUACAUGGUGCGCAGAUAGCACACGUCGGGUCCGCCUGGCAGUCAUAACCUGCCGAUGAACACACACACACACAGCCAACACACGGAUACAUUCUGUGUGUGUGUGUGUGUGUGAUCUGGUCUGAUGACACACAUUUGAAGCAAAUCUCGUUUUUGCCCCAUACGGCCCCGCAGAUGCCCGAGUUGCCCUGCGCUGCCUUGAGAGUCCGCUCCACUGCCUUAAUCCUCUCCAACGUCUGCUCGCCGUACAACUCCUGCACACAAAACAACACGUCAGCCCAUGAGUCUUAGAUCACCGUGUUUGUGGCAGCCAUGACUGUCACUCGCCUGCGUGAGUCCCCUGAUGGCCUCGUCAGCCGUACAGACGUCCCCGUUGAAGAGCAGCUGGACGCUGAGGCCUCCCUCCUCGCCGCCCACCUCGUCCUCGCCGUCCACCCUGCCAUCUGCCGCAGAACUUGCUGAGCCACACGAAUUCAUCGAACGCCACCUGCGAUCUCCAGCUCCACCCCGCAAAGGCCUUCACACGCCAUCCUUCCG